AUGUUUUGAAGCGGGUUGUACUUCUGGCGGCACAUCCUUAGCCGGCUGGCGAAGGGUUAAGGCUCUCCAGGGGAGAGGAAGCGGAGGAGCGGAGAAGUGGGCGUCUCUGUCUCCCAGCGCGGUCCGCAGCUUCUCCGCGCUGCUCCUCUCCCGAGCCUCGUCUCCCGGAAAGUUGUCAAGUUGCGCUACUAAGCGGAGAAGCGUCGUUCCCAUCUCAGCCGAGGACUAAACCGCACCGGAGGCGGUUUGCUGCGAUCAGCCCGUUUAAGGGAGCAGCGCAGCUCACAUCGCCAGGCUGAGCCGUCAGGGGGCGGACUGGGGGAGCGGAGCAGAGCGGUGAGCGCUUGCAGGAGACUCGCCUCGGGACACGGGCAGCAUGCAGCCGGGGGGAGCGCGCCACCGACCCGUCCACGCCAGCCUGAAGCCAGCCGGAGCCGUGGACUCUGUUGCAUCCCCAGCCUGCAUGAAGGACGGAGAGCGAGAGGAGUGCUGCAUGUACUGAGAGGAUUUACUAUGUUAAGGGCAAGAGACUUUCCCCAGAAGGUCUCUGGAUCCAAAUGUCAAGAGGCAGGGAGCCCACCCUGGUGCGGGAUCAGCCGCGUGUGACGAGCGGGCGGGCAGGCAGGCGGCCGGCCGUGGGAGGAGCCUGACAGUGCCUCCGUGCUGCCGUACGCUACUAAAUUGGCCCUCGCCAGGCGGCGAGCGAGCCGCGAAGAGCCCCACCACCAUCUGACUGCGGAGCAUGGACAAGGCUGGCCACAAAGCAGCACUAGUUAAUGAGACUCGGGCCCUUGCACUUAGGACAAGCAAUUAUAAGAGGAUUACCCCCGUCCGAGUCGCCAUAGCACACCCCUCAACAGAGUGAGCAUCGGCAGGGGGGUCUUCCAAAGAACUCCUCUCUGGUGGAUAUUUUUUAUUUUUUUUUGGUAAUUUUCCAUUCCAACUUGACAUCUCAUUGGCUGUCUCUGGGCUCCACCCACCUGGCACUAUGGAGUUACAGGUGGCGCUGUGGAAUAAGGACUGGCCGAGCUUCCUCAAAUCUUGGAUAACUAUUCUGCUGAGCCUUCAUCUGCAGUUCUACCAGGCCGCGGGCUGCCCGCAGGAGUGCCGCUGCGACAGGACGUUUCUUUAUUGCAAUGACCGCAGUCUGACUUCGGUGCCUCUGGGAAUACAGGAGGGCUACAAGAUCCUCUUCCUCCACAACAACCAAAUCAACAAUGCAGGCUUCCCGCUGGAGCUGCACCACGUAUCCUCGGUGGAGACCGUCUACUUGUACGGGAACCAGCUGGACGAGUUCCCCCUCAACCUGCCCCGGAACGUGCGCGUGCUCCACUUGCAGGAGAACAACAUCCAGACCAUCUCGCGCGCCGCUUUGGCGCAGCUCAGCCGCCUGGUGGAGCUCCACCUGGACGAUAACUCCAUCUCCACUGUGGGCGUGGAGGAGGGAGCAUUUCGCGAGGCCGUUAGCCUGCAGAUGCUCUUCCUGACCAAGAACCACUUGAGCAGCGUGCCGAUCGGGCUGCCGGAGGAUCUGCGCGAGCUGCGCUUGGAUGAGAACCGCAUUGCGUUCGUCGCUGAGGAAGCCUUCCGCAACGUCACCCGGAUAGAGCGCCUUCUCCUGGAUGGGAACCUGCUCACCGAUGAAGACAUAGCCGUAGGAACCUUCCAGGAUUUAGGCAAUCUCCGGGAGCUAUCCCUGGCCCGAAAUUCCUUGACCACCCCUCCCCCUCUCCUACCGGGGGCGGUCCUGGUCAAGCUCUCUUUGCAGGACAAUCAGAUGAAUGAGAUCCCUGUGACGGCCUUCUCCAACCUCCGGCAGCUCGAGAGACUGGACAUCUCCAGCAACCAGCUGCAGUCACUGACACAGGGGGUCUUUGAUGGCCUUGUCAGUCUUCGGCAGCUGACCGUUAGGAACAACUUGUGGCACUGCGACUGCGCCAUUGGCUGGGUCAUCUCUUGGCUGAAGGCCCUGCCACCGACACUCAACGUGCGUGGGUUCAUGUGCCACAAACCAGAGAGGUUGCGUGGAAUGGUGAUCCGGGAGCUUGGCCUGGAUGCUAUCCAGUGCCCGGAUGGUGCUGGGCUGCCCACUCUGGGACCUCCUAUGCUCCCACACUGGCCUAAUACCACUGCUGCUGUCAGUACCACCUUGCCUUCCCCGGGGCUCCCCUUAACCACAUCCCCAGCCCCCUUCUUCCCAGAACCCACCGAGGAUGACACCCAGAGGACGGACCCCCCUAUGCCCCCGUUCCCGGAUCCCCUCCAGGUUGCCUUUCACGUCGUCAACGGCACCUGCAUCCAGGUGAGUUGGGAGCCCACCUUUCCCGUCACGGCCUACAAGGUGUCCUGGGUCAAGCUGGGCCAGAGCCUGAGUGGGGGCAUUGCACAGGAGCGCACGGUCAGCGGGGAGCGCCAGAAGUAUGACUUGACUGACCUGGAGCCCAGGUCCAUGUACCGCGUCUGCGUUCAUGUGCUUGACGCCUUCAACACCUAUCGACCCGGAGAUGACAGCGUGUGUGCCGAAGCCACCACGGGCUCGGCCUCCUUCGGCGGCCCUGAGCAGGCCACGCAGCAGGAUGCCAACUCCCCGCUCCUGCUGGCCGGCCUGAUUGGCGGUGCCGUUUUCGUCGUCCUGGUGGUGCUCCUCAGCGUCUUCUGCUGGCACAUGCACAAAAGGGCAGGCUCCUCCUCCUCCUCGUCGAAAUGGAAAUACAACCGGGGCAGGAGAAAAGACGACUACUGUGAGGCGGGCACGAAGAAGGACAACUCCAUCCUGGAAAUGACUGAAACUAGUUUCCAGAUAGUCCCCCUGAACAAUGAACAACUGCUCAAAGGGGAUUUCAGAAUACAGCCCAUUUACACUCCAAAUGGGGGCAUUGGCUUUAGAGACUGUCACCUCAGUAACAAUAGCACAGCGUACUGCAAGAGCAAUGUUCCAAACGCAGACUGCUGCCACACAUGAUGCUUCUCGGUUGGAUGUCGAGCCUUUGUAAUAAGAACCUAGUUAAAUACAAUACAUCUGUACAAAACUAUAUACAUUUCCGAGACCUGUCUACGAUGUAAUUUAUACUGUGGACGAUAACGUGGAAUUCUGCUAUCUUUUCUAUUCCUUAGUAAAAAAAAAAAAAAACAAAAUACAAAUUGGUUUAUAAUUUGUUGGCUUUUGAGUGGUAUUACUCAAGUGCUGUACAGAUUCAUUUGUACAAUCAAGGUCCUCUUCUUACUUCUUACAGAAGGUGUUUGGUUUUAUUUUUGAAUGCCGAUAGAAACUUGGUGAUCUGCUAGCCAGCGUGGUGGAACGUGCUGCUGUUCCCCCGUGAGGCCACUAGAACAGCAUACUGGCUGAGAGAUAUAAUCGUCACCGAAAUACAGGUCUCGUAGUUUUAAAGGAAACUGGGGAGGCCCUUUUAAUGCAAUCGAUCGUAUGACCAUCCAUUCAGGAAAUUAACUUUUUUGGAAAUGCAGUGACUCGGAAGAAGAGAGUGAAUUUCAGCACCCUCUAGCCCUGUGUAGGCUGAAAGUAGACUGUUGAAAAUAGCCCAGUGAAUGUUUUUAGUGAUAUGUGAAGAUUUGACUCAAUUGUUGGCUCAGGCUGAUAUGAAAGUGCUGGCCACCAGGUGGAGCCGCUCUCACCCUCAACAGGAGAUGAAGGCACGACCGCAGUACAGCAGAUAUGAGAUGAUCUCUGAUCUCUGCACAUGCCAGUGUUCUUUAAUUUUGCUUAUUAAUUUAUGCUGCAAUACUCUUGUCUUUAACAAAUAACUAACACAGAUAAGCAGCUUCCAGACUUUCAAUUAUCCGGAACACGUUAAAAUGCUACAUUAAAAUGGGAACUUUGAAUGUGGGACUAAAUUAUAUGUUUUUGAUUUCUUAUAUUAAUCAGUAGGAUGAAUGCUGUAUUCAAACAAUACACAGUACGAACUGCACAUACAGAUAAAACACCAAGGCAACAAAAAAUAGCUGUUUUUGUUUACUGUGAUGAAUUAGUGUGGAAUUAGAAUAAUUAUGCCAUCCAUUAUGGCCUGUGAAAUAUUUCGGGUUUAGCAUUGAUUAAUAACCAUUGUGUCAGUAAAUGAAUGUUUAUUUAUUUGUUUAUCUUGCUUUUGAGUUCAAAUACGAUCCAAAAGAUUGGCUAGGCUUAAUGAAGUGGAGUCGCACCCGAGUUGUAACUCUGCUAUGUGCUGCCUGGGACAGGUUCCAGACCCCCCAGCCGCAGCCCUCCAUCAGAUAAACAGUUGGACGAUUGAUGGAUGGAUAAAUUAAUUUAUAAAUAACCAAUGCUGAUCCAUCAGAACAGGAAAAUACUCACGUUAUCAAGAUGACUUAAGUUAGAAGAAGAAGAUAAGAUGUUUUACUGAAAAUUAAUCUUUUUUUCUUCUUCUUCCAUGGUCAGUGAAACCACCUGUAGUUUAAAUAUAUAAAGCCUGAGAGUCCUUUCGUCCUCCUAGUCAAAGACAUGAUCUUCCCUGGCAAGAUGUUGUUUCAGGCCCUUUUCAAAGAAAGUCUGCUGGCUCCUACCCUACUGUGCUCCAGUAAUCCCUCCAAGAAAGGAGCGAGACAUUCAGACUCGUUUCAGAAAAGAAGGAAUCAGAAAAUAAAGAAGGAAAACAUAGAUGUGUGAAUGUGUCUUUAGAUUUGUCCUUUGCAGGGGAAAAAUAAAUGAUCAUUGAUUUAAUUUGAACAGCACAAUAUUAUUAUUCGUUCAAGAGGAAACAGGAGGAAAUCCAGGCAGAAGUGAUGAUAGUGUUUUCUGCGAACACCAAUGUGUUUCGACUGUGAUUAUCAUCAAUAACACCAGUAAUAGAUUGUUUUGUACGUUCAGCAAGUGCUACAAAGAUCACAUCGGCAUCUGCUUUCCGUGCCAUCCAUCUGAGAAGGCUCACAUUAGUUUUAUUUGUUAGCUGUGCGGGACAAAGUACCAUUAACAGCGUAUUAUGCUAUUUGGUGGCAAGAUGAAGAUAGCGUCACAAUUUAGAGUCCUUUCUGGCUUCAUAAAAUGGAAGAUGCUUAUCAAACAGUGAUCUUUUGAAGUGAGCCAAAUCUGUUCACCUUAUUUAUUAUUAUUAUUAUUAUUUUAUUAUUAUUAUCGAGUCUCUUCAAACAAGUUCAAUGAGUAAUCACAAUAGACAAAAUAGUUCAGAAAUAAUGUAGAGUGAUUAUUACGCAGUAUAAAUGUCGGUUUUGUGGAUUACAUAGACAAAAAUUUUUAAUAAAUCUGAGUCAGAAUACAGACAAAUACAAAAAAUAUAUUAAAGGUCAGCUCUACUCAUACCUGGAAUUUGGAUUUUUAUGCUACUUGAAAUCUGUUUUUGAUUUAAGGAUUCUCAGUAAUUACUACGCAGUAAAUUAUUAUUAUUAUUAUUAUUAUUAUUAUUAUUAUUAUUAUUAUUAUUAUUAUUACAGUGUGUGGAACAUUUUUGGAUCAGAUUUAUAUUGACCUAAGCAAAGGUUCUCUUCCAUAUAUAUAAAAAUUAGAUUCGAAGACUGCAUUGAUUUUUGUGAAACAGCCAUUUUCCAAACAGUAGUAUACCCCGGUAUGUUGUGUUUACUGUGACAAUUAGUAAUACUACCUUUUAUCUCAUUACUGCUCUUUUUGCCAGUUCCAUGCUUUACAUUCUGUUUGCAUUUUCAGCCGACAUCUAAAUCUGUUACCCUCUUUAGGAACCAAAGUUUACUUUUUUCUCCUAGAAAAUAUUGUUGUUGUAUGAUGUAUGUGCCUUGAAUUUAACUUACAGUGUAAAAUCUUUGAAACCUUUAAAUGUUUUUUGCACAAAAUGUAAAUACAAAAGUGAAGCUUUUUGGAAAUAAAAAAGCCAUGGUUUAAUUUUA